AUGUUGCAACCGACAAGCAUCAGCAGCAACCAGCAUUUGGUUCAUACCAUGUCAGUGUCUCUCCAAGGGAACUCAACAUCAGUUCUAAUGGAUCUGAGUGAAAGCUUCAUGGACACAAACGACAAUGUGCAAAAUGGAGAAUUUAUAAAAGUAGAAAAUAUCAUCAUGUACUCCCAGAAACUACAAGGGGAUCUGCAUUCUUUUGGGAUUACAAUUAAGCAGCAUGAGGAUAGCACAAUCAUCCUGGGAGGUUCCAGUAAUCAUGUUCUUGAUAAAAUCACGAUGUCCAGGAGCAUAGAUGAGUGUGCAGUAGUACUUGGUGGGUUCAAAUUUCCACUAGGAAAUAUCAAUGGUAAUACCUCUUCCACACUUCAGCUCUGCCAUAUUCUUAAACACAAUAAACAGUUCAACAGUCCACAAGUUCAAUCAAAAAUAGUUUAA